UUCAGCCUUUAAUUUUGUUAUUUAAACACUAAAUAGUUAGCUCUCACACUUAAUCUUCACUCUUAACAAAAAUUUAAUAAAACUUUCUAUUUCUGUAUGUUAAUUAAUUAAAUGGCGAUAUACAGAAUAGCAAUUGGAUCGCCUAGAGAGGCUAGCAAUCCAGCUGCCAUUAGAGCAGCUUUUGCAGAGUUCUUCUCUAUGCUCAUUUUUGUUUUUGCUGGUCAAGGCUCUGGAAUGGCUUACAGCAAACUUACAAACAAUGGAGCUGCAACUCCUGAAGGUCUCAUAGUUGCAUCAUUAUCUCAUGCAUUUGGGUUGUUUGUUGCUGUUUCUGUUGGGGCAAACAUUUCUGGUGGUCAUGUCAACCCUGCAGUCACAUUUGGUGCUUUCAUUGGUGGAAAUAUAACCUUCUUGAGAAGUAUUUUGUAUUGGAUUGCUCAGUUACUUGGUUCAGUUGCUGCUUGCAUUAUUCUCAAUUCUUGCACCGGUGGAAUGGAAACAUCAGCUUUCUCUCUAUCCUCAGGUGUGUCUGUGUGGAAUGCAUUAGUAUUUGAGAUUGUGAUGACAUUUGGAUUGGUAUAUACAGUGUAUGCAACAGCAAUAGACCCAAAGAAAGGGAAUUUGGGUGUUGUAGCUCCAUUAGCAAUUGGUUGUGUUGUUGGUGCUAAUAUAUUGGUUGGUGGUGUUUUUGAUGGUGCAUCCAUGAACCCAGCUGUGUCCUUUGGGCCUGCUGUUGUUAGUGGGGUAUGGACUCAUCAUUGGGUCUAUUGGGUUGGCCCAUUUAUUGGUUCAGCCACUGCUGCUAUUCUCUAUGAUAAUAUCUUUAUUGGUGAUGAUGCUCAUCAACCCCUUUCAAAUAGUGACUUCUAGAUUUAUUUUUAUUUUUCUUCUUUUUUUAUUCGAUGUAAUUUGGUCCUCUUCAUGUUGAGGAGUGAAUAAAUCAAUCAAUGUAGCUUUUGUGUCAAA